AUGAAGAGGUUGAGAAAGUCUGAUGCCGACAAAAUUAGCCAUCUUCCUGAUGAUGUGAUACAACGCGUCCUCGCGUUCUUACCCGUAAAAGAUGCGGCCAAAACUGCUACACUAUCAAAGCAAUGGCAGCGCAAUUGGGGAGCAAAUACUCAACUCGUGUUCGACGGCAGUUUCGGUCGAAUCCCAGAAGAGGGAAACUAUGCUUCGAAUGAGAGCAAACUCAUGUUUCAGAUUUAUAAAGCUCUGCUGGUUCGUGAUGCACCCAUAAAGAAAUUCGUGCUUAAAAUUCCUGGACUCGGGCGGCCUUCCCCUGACAUCAACCUAUUGGUUCACUUCCUCGCCAAGAAAUCUGUUCAGGAACUCGCCCUGAUCUUCAGUGACGAUGAAUUUAAUGACGGCCACCCGAAGAUCGGGCGCGAGAUGCCUUCUGCUCUGUUUUCUGCUUGCCAACUAAAGUCUCUGAGGCUGCAGGAUUGCGACAUUUCUGCCGCGCCAUCCUGCUUUCUGGGGUUUAGUAAGCUCACCCAUCUCGAAUUAACAAACGUAAAUGUGGAAUCUAGUUUCUAUAGCGACUUCCUUCCCAAGUGCCCGCUUCUCCAAGAUCUGAAGCUUUUUAUAUGCGACUCUGAUGCUGUGGAAUCCCAUCUGAAGGCUGAAUUGGUAACUCCUUCGCUCAGGGUGUUUGAAUCCAAUGUUUGGAAUGUCUGCUUCAAGCAUACCCCGCUUCUUUCAGCGGUAUCUAUCGCGCCAGUUGAUGACCGAAAGUACUGUAAACAGAGCGACUUUGAUGUGUAUAACCCGGAUAUCGUAGCUGCAUUUGCUUCUCUCCCUGCAAUCCAGCAGUUAACUGUUGGGGCUGAGUUGCUGCAAUUCUUUGCCUCUGGUAAUGUCCCCUUCAUGCUUCCCACACAUCUUCAUCAACUGAAGGUCCUCAAACUGCGCAACAUUUUACUGUAUCGUUCGUUGGAAGCACGCGUUCUUCAAUGUCUAAUCAUGAGUUCCCCCAACUUGCUCAAGCUCACCAUAGAGCCCGGAUAUGUCGCUUCGCUUCCACCAACAGAGGUUAUUGACAGCUUACAGUUGUUGUUGGAAGCAGAGGAUCAUUCUACUGCAAGUUGUUUUCAGUGCCUUGAAGAGUUCAGGAUUAGUGCAAUAGAUGGUACACAGGUUGAGUUGGACCUGUUGAGGUUUGUACUGGCCACCGCACCACAACUUCUGAGAAUGUUCAUCGAGCCAGCCAAAGAACUGGACCUUAGAAAGCGUCACAAUUUAUUGAAGGAGUUGAUACGAUUUGAGCGUGCUUCCAAACAAGCAGAGGUCGUAUAUAUUUCGGAUGACGAGGCUGACACUCUGUAG